CUGCAAAUUAUCUAUCUAUCUAUUCUCCCUUAUCAGAUGAGAGUCUAUGAUAAAAAAAUAAAAAAAAAACACAUCAAUUUGUGUGUCCUUGACAUUAAAACGUUGCCUCUUUCUGCUGCCCCAAUUUAAAGACCCUGGAGUGCAGAUAAAGUAAAGAUCAAGUCGACUUUAAUCAGCUACUGUCUGUGUUAAUGAAUGCUGUCGAGAGAGCUGUCAGAUUGUUGUAGCUGUCUUGGUCUUUGUCACUUUCACAAGCACUUGAGGGUGAACUGCUGUCAUACUGCAGUCCAACAGAGGGCAAAGUGCAAGAGGCAGUUACAGUAUAGUUUAUCAUGCUCUCACUCUUGCUCUCUUUCUCUUUUUCCCUCCCUCUGUCAAGUCUCCACCUCGUUCUCUACUGCAGUCACACACACACAGACUUUCACUCAUCAGGCUUCAUAUAUUGCUGUGGUUUUUCACUUCUUGUUGACUGAAACAGCGGCCAAGAUAUCCAUGUGAUUGACAUAAGUCAUGGAAAAACAGCGCAGAAUCGAUCUCACCUACAUCACUGAACGCAUCAUCACCAUAUUCUGUCCUCCUGAAUGUCCCGAGGAGACGUACCUGCAGAACCUGCGAGAAAUUAUUCCCAUGCUGCAGUCCAAGCAUGGACACAACUACAUGCUUAUAAACCUCUCACAGAAGAGCGACACUCUCACCCGAAUGAACCACAAGGUUUUGGACACAGGUUGGGUGGAUCCUUUAGCCCCAAACCUGGAUCAGAUCCUCAACGUGUGCACGACAAUGGACAGCUGGCUGCAGAUCAACCUGAAGCAUGUCCUGGUGUUACACUGCAGAGGAGGUAAAGGCCUGAUCGGAGUUCUGGUGGCUUCUUACAUCCACUUAAGCAACAAGUCAGCCAGUGCAGACCUUUCUCUUGACCACUUUGCCAUGAGGAGGUUCUACAACGACAAGCUCCUCGCUCUGAUGACUCCCUCACAAAAACGGUAUGUGUUGAUGCUGGGGAAUAUGUUGAAAGGAGGAUUAAGGAUGUAUCCCUCUCCGUCAUUCCUCCUCUGUGUUGUUCUUCACGGUCUUCCCAAAAUAAGACCAGAUGGAGGAUGUUGUCUCUUCCUGAGAGUCUACCAGAGUCAACAAGCUGUUUGCACGUCUGCAGUCUAUCACGUUAAUGGAGGCCAGACAGAUCGGCUCUAUGUUGUGCUUCAGCCGGCUCAGCUGCUCAAAGGGGACAUCAUGGUGGUUUGUUAUGAUAAAAACAGCCGGUCAGCCAGCCGUCAGGUCAUCUUCCGUCUCCAGUUUCAUACGGGCCUCGUGCACGGACGUGCACUCACUUUCUCUAAGGCGGACCUUGACUCUGCCAGCGAAGAUCCUCGGUUCCCAGAAGAUGGAAAAGUGGAGCUGUUACUUUCUGACAGCCCUGACAAGAUUACAGGCAGAGAGCUUUGGCACAACGGACGCUCUGUGACGGUGGACUACAACACCAUGGAUCCUUUGGUUAGAAGAGAUUCAUAUCAAGACGCGUCUUCUCUGGAAACAGCUCCUCUUCAUAUCCUGGACAGUUUGUAUGCCACAGUGAAGAAGAAGAAGACUAGUAAGGAAGGAGCUUCGUUCCAACCGGCCGCCAGCAGCCCGAGCUGCAGUGACCGAACUCCAUCUGCCAGCAGUGAUUCAGGCCUGUCUGUUGCCUCACAGGGGCCACCCGGGGCCAAGCCGAAGAGAGGGGCUGCAGAGGACAAGUGCGCCCAGGCAGGGAAGCUGCUCCCUGGGGUCGAAUUUGAGAUUGCUCAGUCUCUUCUGGAGGUCAUGACUGAGCUUGCGGCAUCCAGCAGAGGGGAGGGGGAGAUGACUGGAGAUGAGUCUGGCUUGGGACACACUAUCAAUGGAGAGGCUUCGUCCAGCGAGAGGGAGACUGAUAUAUUGGAUGAUGAGGAUGAUGUGGCAGCUUCUGCUUUAGACAUGCCCAGCUCGAGCAGUAUUUGCUCCCUCUCGUCUGACAACCUGCCUGAAGUGCAGGCAUCAGCCCAAACUGAGUACUCCACUCACUCCUGGGUUCAGCAGCAGAUGGUUGAAGCUCGCACUGAAAACUACAUUCCAGUAAACGGGCAAGAGAGGUCGAACAGGGCGAGGAAAGCGAAGCCUCCACCUCUGGUAGCUCCCAACACGCCGCUGAGAGGGCUCAGCAGCAGGGAAGCGGUGCAGAGAGGUCUGGGGGACGAGGACUGCAAACACAGCAUCACACAAGACACGGUCGACAAUGCACACGCUUCGUCUUGCCAAGAGGAGGAGGAGUUGGCGUCAUUAACCACAGACGUUGAUGAGUCCAUAGAGCAGCUGAACCAGCUGAUUCUGGAUUUGGAUCCCACAUUUGUUCCCGUUCCGACCCCCCUGUCACGAUCCGCCUCCCUCCACACCAACGGCCUCAGCCAAAAAGGAAAUACCCAUUUGACCGGUUGGAAGCAGCAGAAACAGGUCAGUGAUGUGAUAGACGGCGCUGGUCUCCACAGUCCAGGAUGGAGAGCAUCUGGUCCUCAGAGCUUCAGAGGCUCCCCUCUCCACAGUCCCUCCUUCUCGUCUUCUCAGUAUGGGCAUCUCUAUAAAACCAACAGCAUGGAUUAUCGGGGACAAGCGGAUAACUCUCCCAUCGUCCCGUCCACUCCGGCCUUCCCAGUGACUCCUCCGACGCCCUACGUGAAAACCUUCUCAGAGUUUUCCCAGCACAGGACCGGCGGCCAGUGGGAGCAACACAGCUGGACUCAAGAUUCCCGGAGUUUCCUGGACAGCAUGAACCACGCCAGCGGCUCCACAGAAGGAGAGUUGUUCAGAUCAGAAGUGUCAGUCAAUCCUGCUUCCUGUCAAAGGAUCUUUGGCUCCAUGUGCUCCGUGUCAUCAGGCAGCCCCCUCCCACACACAGACAGCUCCACUCCGCCUCCAGCGUGGCAUGACCGGACUCCAAACUCCCAGAACUCCCCGAUCCCCCCUCAGCCCUCACCUCCUCUCUCCCUCAGCACUCCCAAUGCCCACAGUUCUCCCCGGGGGGUCCCGAAAAGCCUGGGUGGGGGUCCAGGGGUCCACAGGGAGACAGACAGCACAGACUUGUCCUCGUUGUUGUUGGGGAACGGAGGCCUGGACCACAGCCUGCUGGAGGCCAUGGAAGGUCUCGGGGGUCUGAGCCUCGGGGGAGACGGGGGCCUCCCUCCGCUGCUGCCUGAGAAGAGGAGAGUGGGUGAGGGGGGAGAUCUUGGCUCCCGCUCCCCUUCUCUAAGCGGAUUUUCCAGCCCUCACAGUGGCAGCAGUCUCAGCAUCCCAUUCACAUACUCCAUGACCCCUGACCCCCUCAGAGGACUCAGUGGGGCCUCGUCGCCCGGAGCAGAGUUUGGCAGUAAGCAGGACACUGUGAAGUUUGUUCAGGACACUUCCAAGUUCUGGUACAAGCCCGACAUUUCCAGAGACCAAGCCAUCGCAGUGUUAAAGGACAAAGAGCCAGGUUCUUUCAUUGUGAGAGACAGUCAUUCAUUCCGCGGGGCGUACGGAUUGGCUAUGAAGGUGGCCACACCCCCUCCAUCUGUGAUGCAGCAGAGUAAGAAAGUAGAUCUGUCCAAUGAGCUGGUGAGACACUUCCUGAUAGAGUGCACACAGAAAGGAGUUCGUCUCAAAGGCUGCCCCAACGAGCCCUACUUUGGGAGUCUCACAGCUCUGGUGUGUCAGCACUCCAUCACCCCUCUGGCUCUGCCCUGUAAACUCAUCCUGCCUGAUAAAGACCCGGUGGAGGAUCUGACCGACUCUUCUGCACAGACGGCGACAAACUCAGCAGCUGAACUUCUCAAACAGGGAGCAGCGUGUAACGUGUGGUACCUCGGCUCUGUGGCGCUGGAGUCUCUGACGGGACACCAGGCGGUUCAGAAGGCGACCACGCUGACGCUCGCCAUGGACCCUCCGCCGGCCUCCACCGUCGUCCACUUCAAGGUGUCGGCGCAGGGCAUCACGCUCACAGACAACCAGAGGAAGUUGUUCUUCAGGAGACAUUACGCAGUCAAUACAGUCAUCUUCUGUUCUCUGGACCCACAGGGCAGGAAAUGGACGAGAGGCAGCAGUUCCACUGCAAAGAUCUUCGGAUUUGUAGCCAGGAAGUCUCAGAGCGAGACCGAAAACAUGUGUCAUCUGUUUGCCGAGCACGACCCCGAGCAGCCGGCGAGCGCUAUCGUCAACUUUGUCUCAAAGGUCAUGAUCGGGUCACACAAGAAGUAAUAAGGAGAACUCACUGCUGAGCGAGGAACCUGGACUGGGAGGGGGGGUGGGGAGGGAUCAGCUUCCAACCCCGACUUCAUAUAAAUAUGAAUGUGGACCACCAAGAGCCAAAAAAACUAAAAACACUCCAGCACCUGGUCCUUGGUUGAGUUGAUCCUGCAGAAAAUAAGCGUGUGUGCAUUUUGUACUGACUGCACUGCAGGAUGCUGCCACCAGGGGGAGUCGAGACUGUCGUGUAUAAAGUUCUGCAACUCAUCAACAGGAGGCUGCAACUACUCUGGAGCUUUUUAUAAAAUAUGUAUAAAAUCAUUGACACUUUUUCACAGAGGAUCUAGUCUGUAAAUUGGAUUUUCUCACUUUAUGACUACUUUAUCAGACCUGUAUUGUCAAACGUAUUCUAAAUGUAUCACAUUGACUUCGCUUGUUGCUGGCAGUCACAGCUGGCAAAAAAUAACACACUUACUUCUGAUAAAAACCUGGAGAUAAUUCUGCAGAUCAACAUAUAUUUCAAGGUAUGAUUAGAAUUCUUUUUCCACAUUGGUUGAAAUGUGUAAAUCAGACCACAAACCUAUUUUUAUAUAUAUGUCAAAACCAACCAUACUGUCACAUGACAAAGCCAAUCAUGUGGUCGCCUUGUACUGCCCAUGUGUUUAUAUAUUGCUCAAAGUAUUUAUCCCUUUUUACAGAUGUGUAAAAGUUUUUGUUUUUUUUCCCCCCUAAAUAUACUUGUCAUAUAUUUUUGUAUAUUAACACAUACUGUACAUUAAGGUUAAAAGUCAGUGUACCUCAGAAUUUAUGCAAUUAUGUCACAUAUUGUAUUAUUGUGGGAAGAAUUUGAUAUAGUUUUUCGCGUGGUUGUAAGAUACUACAUACUUGUUAUAUUACUAAUAUAGUUGUUAAUAUUUUCCUUUACCAGUAACACCAGUAUAGGUUCCUGUACAGUUAUUGUGCCAUGAAAAGAGUCACUCUGAAUUUAAUUAGAGAUAAAAACACAGUUAUGUCUGAACUAUAGUCCACAUCUGUAAGGUUUUGUUCACCCAAUUUACACAACAAUACAUUUUCUCACUUAACUCCAGUGGUAUCUAUAGUUUAGACAGUUUAGAUUGUAUCUAUGCAGGUUUUGAAAUAUCUAUCUCUUAGAUUUCUGCCUCGAGUCCACUACAAUGGAGGUGAAUGACACUCAAACCCCUGUAAGAUGUCAUUUACUGCAUUAACUGAUGUUUUUGGGUCACUUGGGGGCAGCUGAACAAGCUGAAAACAAACCUUAUCACCUUUUAUGGCGGACAGUUAUCUGCAAAUGGUUGUCUAUUUACAGUAGACAAAGAGUAACAUUAACGUUCAUUUUUCUGGCCAUUUGAUGAUUGUAAAUCCAAUAUUCACCCUCCUUUUAGCCUGUGGUUUGGUCUCCACCAGCUCCUGAGGAAAAAUGUCUGGCUGCGCUUUUUUUUUUCACCAGCUAAAAUACCAACAUCCUAUGUACACUUUGGUAAUAAGAGGUCUACUCUUUUACAACAGAAUGGCUGAAACUGGCCGUCAUGGUCCGUCAGCUCUCUGACCAGAUUAUAUUCUCACAUUUCUGUGUGGGACAACAAGAUUUUUUGCACCCACAGCCUUUUCCAUCUUCUGGUGUUUUUUUUUAACCAUGAAGAAUUGCCAGUGCCGUCUUUUGUGAUAAACCGAACUACAUUAUCGUCAAAAGAGCUGGCUGUGUCAGGGUUUUUUUUAUAUAUAUAUUCUCUUGGUGUUUUCCUUCCCUCUGGCUUCAUGUUGGCCACGUAAACCUAAUUUGCCUCUGCACCGUUCCCGUCAUGAGCCUAACUUUGUCUGGCUGCUGUUUGGUGCUGGGAUGGCUGCAUACAGCGGGUUUAUCACAGCCUGUAUUAAAAGGCUGCCUGCUGCAGCUGGAAAAGAGGUCGAUUACAGUGGAGGUGCAGGCCGGAAAAACCAAAACAAUGAUCCAAAAUAGAAUAAAACACACUUAUUUCACUGUAGGUUUGCCUCUACCAGUGACUCAUUUACUCAUUUGAUCAUUUAUGUACAUAAAAAUACUGAUUAUUGCUUUAAAUAUACUAUACUGUAUGUUCAGUGCAUCUUUGUACACCAAUGAAAUUCCACUUACCUCCAUUAUAUUUAGAUGGAGGCCAAAACUAUCUCCAUGUCUAGAUACCACCAGAGUUAAGUGAGAAAAUAUGACUUUCUUUUCUAAUUUGUGUGAACUGACCCUUUAAAAUCAAAAGUAUAGUUCCCAGGUUUGCCAAUAGAUGGCAGUAAUUGGCCACCAAAUUUCACACUGCGUGCUGGAUCCCAGUAUGGAUGAGUGGAGCGUGUACAGAACUUUAUGGUAUUUGACAAAAAAUUCAUCUUUAGGAUGGAAUAUUUGUUUGAUUUUUCAGCUUUUCUCUCCUGUCGUAAACACACUGGUUUUAUACGAAGAAACAGUUGCAGAUUAAUCAGAGCAGGUCCACACAUGAAGCAAGAAAACACCCUCUUGAAUAAACUCAACGAUGUCAAAGUG